GCCAGGCGCCACGCCCCCUUCGGCCCCGACCAGGAAGGGAAUUUGGGAAAAUAGACAAACUGGAGGUAGAGGAUGAAAGAGGGGAGAGGUGGGUUAGAGAGAGAGUCUGACUGAGGGAAAGCUUUUGGGAUCUUCACCAGAGCGCCAACCUUCCCUCGUGAGAAGAACACAGCACCGCCACAAUGCUCAUUAAGGAAUUUCGAGUUAUUCUGCCCAUAUCAGUGGAAGAGUACCAGGUGGGGCAGCUGUACUCAGUAGCAGAGGCCAGUAAGAACGAGACAGGAGGAGGAGAGGGAGUGGAGGUGUUGAAGAAUGAACCAUACGAGAAGGGCGGGGAGACGGGACAGUACACACACAAGAUUUACCACCUGCAGAGUAAAGUUCCAUCGUUCGUCAGAAUGCUAGCUCCAGCAUCGGCCCUUAACAUCCAUGAGAAGGCCUGGAACGCAUACCCCUACUGUCGCACAGUUAUCACUAAUGAGUUCAUGAAAGAUAACUUCCUGAUCAAGAUUGAGACGUGGCACAAACCUGAUCUAGGACAGCAGGAAAACGUCCAUGGUCUGGAUGCAGACACCUGGAAGAAGGUGGAUGUUGUUCACAUCGACAUCGCAGACCGCAGCCAGGUGGAUACCAAGGACUAUAAGCCAGAGGAUGACCCCACUAAAUUUAAGUCAAGGAAGACUGGCCGAGGCCCUCUGGGACCAGAUUGGAAGAAGGAGCUCCCUAAGAAGACAGACUGCCCACACAUGUGUGCCUACAAACUGGUGACAGUCAAGUUCAAGUGGUGGGGCCUGCAGAACAAAGUGGAGAACUUCAUCCAGAAGCAAGAGAAGCGUCUGUUCACCAACUUCCACCGUCAGCUGUUCUGCUGGAUCGACAAGUGGAUCGAACUCACCAUGGAGGACAUUCGUCGCAUGGAGGACGACACGCGCAAAGAACUGGACGAGAUGAGGGUGAAGGAUCCAGUGAAAGGCAUGGUGGCUCUGGAGGACUGAUGAGACUGGAGAAAGACUGACUGACCCUGUUGCUGUUACGCGGAUCAGAACUGUAAACCGACCGACACCAGCUGAUUCUACCCUCCUUCUCCUCUUGCUCUGUCAACACCAGCUUCUCUGCCCCCCCAGAUUGGUGUAGUCUGUUAAGGAUAUGGACCACCCCUCUCUUUAGUCUAGAGUGGACUGAUCCACUCCACUCUACCUUAACCCAGUCAGUCCUCUGAGCUCCAGACAGACACAGCGACCAGGAGAUGUGUUAUAAUUUUAACAGGGUUUUUAAAGCUUCAGUUUGUCUGCAGUAAAAGUUGCCCGUUUCUUUCAGGACCAAGCUGUUGUUUCUCUCUCUGUGACUGUUGUUUUUAUUUGAUUGCUAAUUUAUUUUCUAUUGGUCAUCCUGUCUUCUGAUAGGUUGUUAACCAGACCUCCUUCUCUACAUCAUCCAAUCACGUUGUUUGUAUUGCCUCUCUCCUUCAUAUCAACCACCUCCAUUAACAACAGGUACCUGAUGUAAUUCACACAGAGCUGUGUAGGCGGAGCUUACACCUCAUGGCCAAUAGAACAGUUCAAAAGGUAGAACCUUUGCCUACAUGCCAUGCAGUGGGUGGAUGGUGAAGUUGCCCCCUAGAUGCUGAACUAGGGUCAGGUCUCCUCACUAAUGGUUAAGGUUAGAAUGGGGGGGAAGGGGAUCAUUUCCAUUUGUUUCUCUUUCUGUCUCUCUUUCUCUCCAUCUUAUCUCCCUCAUCCUGUUAUUGAAGAUCUUCACAAGCCAGGCUAGGUUAGGUUUCUGAAGAGGUGUGUGUUUGGUGUAGCUGUCUGUAUUAUAGUACUAGUGUUUAGGGGGAGACGGGUGAUGAGGAAGGGGAGGAGUGUUUGUGUGUGUGUGGGUUGGUCUGUGUUUAAGGAUCUGUCCUACGCAUGCCUGUGACUUCCUGCCCUCUCUCCUCCUCCUCUUCAUUCUCUUCCUCCUCUUUCUCUGUAUCCUUCCAUUCCUUCAGUACAAACAAUAUUCUACCUUUCUCAUGGAAUGGAAGCCUCAAACUCUCCUCCCUCCAUCUGUCCAUCCCACCAUACUGCCAUCAUUCCAUACAUCCCUCCCUCCAUCUGUCCAUCCCACCAUACUGCCAUCAUUCCAUACAUCCCUCCCUCCAUCUGUCCAUCCCACCAUACUGCCAUCAUUCUGUCCAUCCCACCAUACUGCCAUCAUUCCAUACAUCCCUCCCACCAUACUGCCAUCAUUCCAUACAUCCCUCCCUCCAUACUGCCAUCAUUCCAUACAUCCCUCCCUCCAUACUGCCAUCAUUCUGUCUAUCCCACCAUACUGCCAUCAUUCCAUACAUCCCUCCCUCCAUCUCUCAGUCCAUUGAGCGUCUCCAUGAUAUCAGGGUCUUCUGUGUGAUGUUCUGUAUGUGCUGAUAUUGUGUAUAUAUAAUAUUAAUUAAUGUAGAUGAACACACACAGAUAAACUACAUGACCAAAAGUAUGUGGACACCUGCUCAUCGAACAUCUCAUUCCAAACUCAUAGGCAUUA